GCCCUGCCACUACUGCAUCCAAAGCAGUCAGCGGCGGUCAAGUCUUUUAAAUGGUUUUCAAAAACUCAGUCGCAGUUUCAAUUCAGACCUCAAGUUGUGCAGAUCGCCCAAAAUCUAAAUAAAUUAUCGCCCAAUGGAAAAGGAACCGCACAAUCAGCCAUCCGAUGUGAACGGGGAUGACCCACACAGCAGAGCUACUGCUGAUGUCACACCCGAAUGGUUGGCAGGCGAGUUAUUUGAAGACUUGUUGAAAGACAAGUUUCCGGAGUACAAAUCGAUUGCUAAAUUUGCGGUGCGGCCCGGCGUGAAAAGCGGUGAGAAUUUCAUGACGUUGUUGCAGCGCAUACAUCUGGAUGUGGUAAUGCAAGCGGUCUUCAAGAGCGACAUCACAUUUGGCUCAACACGUAAGCAAGCGUAUCUAGCAGGUGAAGACUGCCAGUUGAAGCCACUCCGUGCGCAUAUGUAAGCUUUCAAACUAAAUUUUUUUUCGCGACCCAGUCUAAUGUCCAAUGUGUGAAUGCAUGUACUUACAUUUGUGCGAGUGGGUUCGUACAUAUGCAGGCAU